AUGUGGUCAACAAUCGGAAUAGUUGGUGCAAUUGCAGAAACUCAACGGCCAAGCACAAGAGUAGUUCAAACAAAAUAUGGGACCUUACGAGGCGUCAUCGUAACGCUAUCAAAUAAACACUUGCAACCUGUAGAAAAGUUUCUUGGAGUCCCUUAUGCUGGGGUUCCUACAGGUUCCUUAAGGUUUAUGCCUCCGGUAACACCUCCACACUGGAAAGGUGUUCGCCCAGCCGAUCAUUUGAGCUGGGUCUGCCCUCAAAAGUUACCCGAUAUUUCGAACGAAACUGAGGCACUGAAAAGAAUGCCAGCUGGAAGACUAGACUAUUUAAAAAGACUGGUGCCCUUCCUGACCAAUCAGAGUGAGGACUGCCUGUAUCUCAACAUUUAUACGCCUGCAAACG